AUAGUUACCUUUUACAUGGUUUAAAUGUUGCGCUUGAUUUACUAAACAACAUCUUUUACUGUCAAACACGCCAAAGCAAUUGAAUUAUUUGUAAAUACCACUCGUAAAUGAAUCACUUUAAACAAAUAUAUUCUUUAUAAACAUAUUUGCUGUAUACAUUACUUUUGUCCACAAUUAUAAAUGAUCGUUAUGGGCUAAUAUAAUUCGUAACAUUUUAUACAUGGUUGAAAUGUUGUGUCUACAUGGUUGAAUAAUUUAUUGCGAAACAGCAAAUAUGUCAUUCCUUUAUUUAGUUAAACACAUUCGGUAAAGAAAAGCGGACACGUGGGUAUUUUAUGGAUGUAUGGUUUAAAUGAUAUGUGAAUCUUUGUGUGACCAUGACUCGUUAUUUAGCUCAAAGUUUUAUGGUUUAUCUUGUGAUAUUGCUGUUGACAGGUUUAAUCGCCCCUGGAGAUGGCAACAAUGAAACAUCAUCUUCAGAUGCAACAGCUUCCCUAUUGGGACCGUCAACAACUUCAACAACUGUGAUGAUAUCUGCAAGUUCUACACUAAAGCUUUCAUCUUCAACAAAUGUCAUAGCAUCAACUGCAGUGGCUAAUACAGGAAACUCUUAUACGUCUACCCUGGCCAGAUUUACGACAUCUCCAAUAUUAGACACAACGUCAGUUAUGCUUUCAAAUUUAUCAAUUCAGCCUUCUUCUGCUCUAUCGGCAUCUACUUCUGUAUUAGUUAAUUCGAGCUCGUCAGUAAUGGCAAAUUCCUCCGCAACAAGCGCUGCAUCGCAGACUGGUAAUUUAAAAAGUAGCUCUACUCAAACGCCUGCACUUUCUUCAUCUUCAUCACUGAUAAGUACAUCACCAAUAACAACGCAAAUAUCUACAAAUAGCUCUGUACCUCAGUCUCAAACUUCUAACUUAAUGAAUACUACACAAACUUCCGAAGUGGCUGUAUCUUCAUCAGUAACUGUUUUACCAGUAUCAACCAGCUCAGUAUUGGUAACAUCUGUCUCACAAUUAUCUUCCACUAUGUCGGAAACAACAUUUUUAACAACUUCGAGUAUAUUACAGCCGUCUUCAACGGAAGUCAUUAAACCAACUUCAUCAAAAUCUACCUCUCGAAAGAGCCAUCUAAUAUCAUCAUCAACCGAGUCCAGCACAAGUUCAUCAUCUUCAAGCACGUCUUCAAUGUCUUCAUCUAUUUCUGAUUCAAUCAAACCAACUUCAAGCUCAACAGUUACGCCUUCGUCAAGUGCGACAACACCAUCACCGAGCUCUUCUACAACAACGGCAGGAAGUCAUCAUGCUAAGACGAAGAAAUCCGGUCCAUCUGCCGGAGGGAAGGCUGCCAUUGGAAUUUUCGUCACAAUCUUGAUACUAGCAGUCAUUUUUGGUGUACUCUGGGCGAGAAAGAGGAAAUGGUUUAGAAAAGGGACUUCAACAUCAACGUCCAUACAAUAUAAAACAUGGAAAUACACGGACGAUGCGUUGUGAUGGAAGCAAUUGGAUUGGUGGAGUAGCUAGGAAAGAUAAAGCAUCAUCAUCAUCAGUAUCAUCAAGUUCCUGUGUCUAUAUUUCCUUUUUGAACUUGUGUUAUCCAUCCUGCUUCCAACUUGGAAUUGUAAUUAUUUCAGGGACUCUAAGUUCAAAGCACAAAAGUGCGUAGAUGACGACAUAGGCUAUAAUUAUAUACAUUUAUUAUAUAAAGUGCGUGCUGGCCUCGCUAUAUUCUGUUUGCAGGUGCGUGCACGCCUCGCUAUAUUAUGUUAGCAGGUGCGUGUAGGACUCGCUAUAUUCUGACAGCAGGUGCGUGCACGCCUCACUAUAUUCUGUUAGCAGGUGCGUGCACGCCUCGCUAUAUUCUGAUAGCAGGUGCGUGUAGGACUCGCUAUAUUCUGUUAGCAGGUGCGUGCACGCCUCGCUAUAUUCUGAUAGCAGGUGCGUGUCUUUAUCAUCACUGUAGCAUUCAAAGACUUCAACGCAAAGAUGCUGCUCACAAACUUCAAUAUAUGCUUUACUGACCUUUCAGUGUUGGUAGCAGGAAUGACCAACUAAUUAUCACUUUUAAAAUAUUGUUUUAUUGUUCACUGUUUUGACGUUUUGUUCGUCCAGAUUUUAUUUCGAGUGGUCGGAAAUGGGAAGGGUCGGGCGUUAUUGUUUUUGAGUCUUGUGUUACAUAUGCCAACAAAAUGUGAUAUAUUUUAUUUAAAGUACGAAAUAAAACAAAAUCAAAUAAAUCAUUUUAA